AUGAAGGGAAAAUUGCCUAAGGAAGGGAUGGUGCAAGUGAGUGCACAAUGCUCACAUUUCUUGACUGGGCGAAUACCUCUGAAAAUGGAAGAUCCUGGGAGUUGCCAUAUUUCAUGCGAAGUAGAAAAUAGGCAGUUUUUGAGCUGCUUACUUGAUCAAGGAUCUGGCAUUUCACUGAUGGCUCAAAAGACUGCAGAUGAAAUUGGUCUUUUGAAAAGAAUUAAGUUGGCCAACGUCCACCUCAAGUUAGCUGAUCAGUCCAUUAUCAAACUUAGAGGAAUCGUGGAAGAUGUCCUCGUUAAGGUUGAUAAGUUCAUUCUGCUUGUGGACUUUAUGAUUUUGGACAUGGAAGAGGAUAAAAACAUGCCUAUUUUGUUUGGGCGACCAUUCUUGGCCAUAGGUGACGUGACUCUCCAUGCUAGAGACAACACUGUAACUUUUAGAUCAAUGGAGAGGAGAUAA